AUGUCCUCAUCCCCAGCAUCUUCAUCAUCUUCAAGUCGACAAUUGUCGGCGGAUGAGUUGUCGGAUAUUAUUUCCAAUGAGGAUAUAAAUAAGAUAAAGUCAUGUGGAGGUGUUAGAGGUAUUGCAAACCUACUAAACAGUAACCUAGAGCGUGGACUAUCAACCGCAGAGAGAACAUCCGAAGAAAGAAUCGAACGAUAUGGUGCCAAUAGGAACAAAGAAGUUCAACUCAAAUCCUUCUGGUUCUUUGUCUGGGAAGCCGUACACGACAAGACUCUACUCAUUCUUAUUGCCGCCGCUACUGUAUCCAUUAUCCUCGGUCUAACAGUGGAGGACCGUGCCACUGGCUGGAUUGAUGGUACUGCCAUCUGGUUCGCUGUUAUUAUUGUCGUGAUGGUCACCGCUGGAAAUGACUACAACAAAGAGAAGAAGUUCAGGAAACUUAAUGCAAUCCGUAAUGAACAUAACUGCUCCAUAAUUGUCGAUGGACAUCUCAGCUCAAUUCCAGUUACCGACAUUGUAGUUGGAGACAUCGUUCGACUUGAGUCCGGAGAUACCGUACCAGCCGAUGGUCUAUAUAUUAAUGGAACAAACUUGUCCGUUGAUGAGAGUGCAAUGACUGGAGAGUCUGAUGCCAAACACAAGUCGGAUUCCGAACCAUACAUGCUAUCUGGAUGCCAGAUCACUGAGGGCAGAUGUGAGAUGUUGGUGAUUGCAGUUGGAGUCAACUCACAAUGGGGCAAGUUGAAGUCAUUGCUUGAGGUACCAGACUCUGACACUCCAUUGACCGUAAAGUUGGAAUCCUUGGCAGAGUCAAUUGGAAAGUUUGGUUUGAUCGCCGCCAUGGUCACGUUGAUCAUUCUGAUCGUCAAGUUCUUCAUCUGGUAUGGUACCAAUCACAAGUCCUGGGAAUGGUCCUACCUUGGCACUUUGGUCGGCUACCUCGUCACCUCCAUCGCCAUCAUUGUCAUGGCCGUACCAGAGGGUCUCCCACUGGCCGUUACAAUCUCUCUCGCCUACAGUAUGAUGAAGAUGAUGAAGGAUAACAACCUGGUUCGUCACUUGGAAGCCUGUGAGACAAUGGGUGGUGCCAGCAACAUUUGCUCCGACAAGACUGGAACAUUGACCAUGAACAGAAUGUCCGUCGAGAACAGUAUCAUUGGUCUGAACCUCAAGCAACCUAGUGAACCAAUUAUCAAGUUGCUGGCCGACAAUAUCUGUUUGAACUCCACUGCCUACCUGGUCCACAAGCGUGAUGGGGUGCCCAACGAUCACUUUGGAAGCAAGACUGAGUGUGCUCUGCUUGAGUUUAUCGAGAAGUUCAACAUUGACUAUGAGCACUACCGUGAGGCCAACAAGGCAAGAACCAUGCAAAUCAUUCCCUUCUCCUCAGAGAAGAAGAUGUCAGGUAUCGUUCUCAAGGGUACCGAUGCUGGACAAGCUACUUUGUACAUCAAGGGUGCAGCCGAGAUUGUGUUGUCAAGAUGUAACACAGUUCUCUUGGAGGAUGGUUCUUCGCGCCAGUUUACCAACGAGGAGAAGUUGCUUGUAUCCAAGGACAUUGAGUUGUUUGCCAGCUCUGGUCUGAGAACAUUGGUCCUUGCUCAAAAGCCUAUGAAGCCAGAUACCGAGGUCAACCUAGGCGGCGAGUAUCAGUUCACCUUCACCGCACUGGUCGGAAUCAAGGAUCCAGUUCGUCCAGAGGUGCCUGCUGCAGUCAGGAAGUGUCAACAUGCUGGUAUCACUGUCAGAAUGCUCACCGGAGACAACAUUCUUACAGCCAAGAACAUUGCCAGAGAGUGUGGUAUCUUGAAGGACGGAGGUGUGGCUAUUGAGGGUCCACAACUUAGACAGCUGUCCACCGACCAGAUCGACAUCCUCUUGCCUCAUCUCCAAGUGGUCGCAAGAUGCUCUCCAACCGACAAGUACACAUUGGUUCAUCGCCUCAGGGAGCUUGGUGAGGUAGUGGCCGUCACUGGUGAUGGAGUGAACGAUGCUCCUCAACUCAAGGAGGCCGAUGUUGGUUUCUCAAUGGGUAUUGCUGGUACAGAGGUGGCCAAGGAGGCGUCCGACAUUGUGCUUCUCGAUGACAACUUCUCAUCGCUGGCCAAGGCUGUCAUGUGGGGAAGGAACGUCUACGACUCGAUCAGAAAGUUCAUUCAGUUCCAAUUGACAGUGAACUUUGUUGCCGUGACCAUUGCCAUCGUAGGUGCCCUUACCAAUGGUGAGAGUCCACUUCGUCCAAUCCAAAUGCUCUGGGUCAACUUGAUCAUGGAUACCCUUGGUGCACUGGCCCUGGCCACUGAGCCACCAACGGAGAAGCUGUACGAUCGUCUUCCAUAUGGUAGAUUUGACUCCUUGAUCACCAGAAGAAUGUGGCGCAACAUCAUUGGACAGACUAUAUAUCAACUGUCAUUCUUGUUCGCCAUCAUGUAUGGUGCUAAGGCUAUGGUCAAUCUCUUUGACCUCCCUCCAACAGACGUUUGGACCGACCACGACCAACUUGUAUAUAGAACCAUCAUCUUCAACACCUUUGUCUUCUGUCAAUUCAUCAACGAGAUCAACUGUAGAAUACUUAACAAUGACUUGAAUGUAUUCAGAGGUAUUCAUAGAAGCCAAUUGUUCCUUGGUAUCAUGGCUGGAACAAUCGGUAUUCAAGCUCUUCUGGUACAAUUCGGUGGAGACUUCUUUGGAACAAGACCGUUGGACGGCUAUCAAUGGCUGUUCUGUCUGGUCAUUGGAUCGGGUGGCAUCAUUUGGGGUGUCAUGCUCAGACUGAUCCCAAUUCACGACCAGAAGCCAGCGUCAAGAAAGGUUCUGCCCCUCAAGCAGGGUGAGUUGGGCGACAUUCAGAUCGACAUUGAAGAGUCGCAGCCAUUGCUCGGCAAGGAGAGCAAGUGGAGAACAGCCAAGCGUGUGUUGACCCAGGUGAAUGUUAUCUCUGCCAUGAGAAACCAGCCUCGUUUGAAGAGGACCAAGGGUUUAUUUCUAUCCAAGACCUCCGACCAACAGUCUAGAAGAAGAGGAAGCAGCAGCAAUAUUGCUGGCAAACAAUAA